AAAAAAAAAAAAAAAAAAAAAGACUCUUUAGGACAACAGUGACUUUCAAAAUACACAUAAACACCUACAGAAAUGAAAACAAGAAGAAACAAGCAAUACAACAGUUUAUUCCAAUGUUAAAGAUAUAUAAAAGAAUUACUCUAGCAUCAAAGGAAUCGUCCAAAAGAGAACCAUUUCAAAUUAUCAAAGCAAGACUGCUCGGAAUACAAAAUUUUAUCCCAUGAAAAUUUAAAAAAAAAAAAAGAUAUCCCUUUUUUCCAAAGAAAUGCUUAGAUUUUGCAGUAAAAGGACAGCUCAACUCUUUCGAGGAACUUUGGUCACACCAAACAAGUCAAGAUUCUAUGCCACUGCAAGAAUUGCUACUAUCACUGGUAACUGGAAAAAUAAAGCGGCCAUUGCUGCCUUAGCUACCAUUGGAGCUAGUGCAUGGUGCAUGGAACAGGCUCACUGUGAUGCUGUGUCCGAUGACAGACAACGAAAAACUGAAGGACCUAUUACGGAUAAAGACCCAAUGCGCCUUCGUAUGGAAGCAUUCAUCAAGGGACUUCAAAACCGUAUUGUAUCAGAAAUCGAGCAGUUAGAUGGUAAACAAUUCACAAGGACAGCCUGGGAACGACCAGAAGGUGGAGAAGGUAUUACCUGUGUACUUCAGGAUGGUAAUGUCUUUGAGAAAGCGGGUGUUGGUGUCUCUGUUGUUUAUGGUCAGCUACCCAAAGCAGCCGUUGAGCAGAUGAGGCACGAUCGAGGAAAAGAUAUUUCUGCAGAUGGACCUGUACCUUUCUUUGCUGCUGGUAUCUCUCUCGUCAUUCAUCCUCACAAUCCUAAUGCACCCACCGUACACUUGAACUACAGAUACUUUGAAAUAGAAAACCCAGAUGGCACACCCAAGAUGUGGUGGUUUGGCGGUGGAUCUGAUUUGACGCCCUCUUACCUUUAUGAAGAAGAUGCUAUCCAUUUCCAUCAAGUGCUCAAGGACGGAUGCGAUAAGUUUGACAAGAAAUACUAUGGUCAAUUCAAGCAGUGGUGUGAUAAGUACUUUUUCAUUAAGCACCGCGGUGAAGCAAGAGGUGUGGGCGGCAUCUUUUUCGAUGAUUUAGAUGAUAAGCCAGCAGAUGAGCUUUUCAGCUUUAUAAAAGAAAUGGGUAAUCGAUUCACUGCUUCUUAUAUCCCCAUCAUGAAAAAGAGAAUGAAUAUGAAGUAUACACCAGAGAUGAAAGAGUGGCAGCAGAUUCGUCGUGGACGUUAUGUUGAAUUUAACCUCGUCUGGGACAGAGGUACAAAGUUUGGUCUUCAAACCCCUGGUGCUCGUAUUGAGGCCAUUCUAAUGUCCUUACCUUUGACUGCAAGAUGGGAAUAUAUGAAAGAAGUAGAAGAAGGCUCAAGUGAACAAGACUUGUUGGAAGUAUUAAAAAAUCCUAGAGAUUGGGUUCCUCUCGAUUAA